AAUAGUUCGUCAUGACCCGAUUCGCGUCGGAAUUUCUCUGGUGACGUGAAGCAGAUUAUCUUUACGCCACAAGAAGCUUUUAUUACCACUAAACUUGCAAGUUUGCCCGUUGGAGAGCCGGGGAAACGGACUGCAAGAAGUGCUUUUUAAAAAUGUUCUAUGCACUCUUGACUUGCAUUUGCAGCUGAGGCAUGUGAAAGAGAAUGAGAGCUAUUGGAUGCCUGCGUCUCCAUCAGUGCCAGCGUUUCUCCAUGAGUUCAGUGACGGUCUCCAGCUGCUCCAAAUCAUUGCGCACGGCGCACCAACUGAAUCUAGACGCUCAGCCUCGGCUGUUCUCCAUCUGAGGGCUUUGAACAUAUUUUAUGAGCACCACAGAAAUUAAAGCACUUGAUUUGACUCGUUUGGACAGGUGUGAUUGUAAAUACAUCGCGCACGCAGCUGGGUUUCGAUUCAGCACCACGGCCGCGGACAGCUCCUGUUUCCCCGUGACGCGCGUCUGGAUGGCUGCUGCUCGCGUUUCUCUGUCGCUGCUCUGAUCCGCUCCGUUCGCGAUGGCAUCUCACGGGUUUUGGUUUCUGGGUGCUGAAAACGCGUCUGGAGACGGCAGUCAAAGCCCGAACACUCCCAGAGCAUGGUGUCAGGCGGCGGCCCAGAAAUUCUCCGGAGGAAUCGGCUCCAAAUUAUGUGCUCUGUUAAAUGUCGGGGAGGCUGAGAAAGCAGCUCAAGCCCCAGUUAAAGCAGAAGAUGGGUCUACAGCCGAGAGCUGCGGCUGUAAUAAACCCUGUAACUGCCCCAAAGCCGCCGUGUGCUUCUCUGAUCUCUAUUCAACAGAUCUUUUACCUGCACUGGAUGGGGACGCGAAGACCAUGAAUUUCCUGCAGGAGGUUGUGGAUAUAAUGCUGGCUUAUAUAGUGGAAUCUUUUGACAGGUCAACGAAAGUGAUCGAUUUUCACUAUCCAAACGAAUUGCUCCAAAGGAAUAACUGGGAGCUCUCGGACGAACCCGAGACUCUAGAUGAUAUUCUGAUCAGCUGUCGCGCCACGCUAAAAUACGCCAUAAAAACGGCACACCCCAGAUAUUUCAAUCAGCUCUCCACUGGGUUAGACAUGGUUGGCUUGGCUGCCGAUUGGCUGACUUCCACUGCCAACACCAAUAUGUUCACCUAUGAGGUGGCUCCAGUCUUCGUGCUGUUGGAAUACGUCACGCUGAAGAAGAUGAGGGAGAUCAUUGGCUGGCAGGAUGGCCGCGGUGAUGGAAUAUUCUCUCCGGGUGGCGCCAUUUCCAACAUGUAUGCCAUGCUGCUGGCUCGUUAUAAAAUGUUCCCCGAGGUGAAGGAGAAAGGAAUGUCAUCCGCACCAAGACUGGUGGCCUUCACAUCUGAACAUAGCCAUUUUUCAAUCAAGAAAGGAGCAGCUGCACUUGGAAUCGGUACAGAAAGUGUCAUCUGUAUUAAAGCAGAUGAAAGGGGUAAGAUGAUUCCUUCCGACCUUGAAAGGAGGAUUAUUGAAGCCAAGCAGAAGGGAUACGUGCCGUUCUUUGUCAGCGCCACGGCCGGCACCACGGUUUAUGGUGCCUUUGAUCCUCUCAUGGCUAUAGCGGACAUCUGUAAGAAGCACGAUGUCUGGAUGCAUGUGGAUGGAGCAUGGGGCGGAAGUUUGCUAAUGUCCCGGAAACACAGGUGGAAGCUGAAUGGAGUCGAGAGGGCUAAUUCUAUGACCUGGAACCCUCAUAAAAUGAUGGCUGUGCCCUUGCAGUGCUCGGCUCUGCUGGUUCGAGAGGAGGGUCUGAUGCAGAGCUGCAAUCAGAUGCAGGCCUGUUAUCUGUUCCAGCAGGACAAGCAGUACGACCUGUCCUAUGACACAGGGGACAAGGCCCUGCAGUGCGGCCGCCAUGUGGACAUCUUCAAACUAUGGCUAAUGUGGAGAGCUAAGGGCACUAUUGGUUUUGAGGCUCAGAUUGACAAAUGUCUGGAGCUUUCAGAGUAUCUCUACAACAAGAUCAAAGACAGGGAAGGAUAUGAGAUGGUGUUUGAUGGAAAGCCUCAGCAUACCAAUGUGUGUUUCUGGUACCUUCCACCCGGCGUCCGCUACCUGGAGGACAAAGUGGAGAAAAUGAAGCGUCUGCACAAGGUUGCCCCUGUAAUCAAAGCCAGAAUGAUGGAGUACGGAACGACCAUGGUGAGCUAUCAACCGCAGGGCGACAAGGUCAACUUCUUCCGUAUGGUCAUCUCCAACCCAGCCGCCACCUUUGAAGACAUUGACUUCCUCAUUGAAGAGAUUGAGCGACUGGGACAGGAUCUUUAAAAACCUAAGACGCCAAAACCUGUUAUUCUUGUGUCCCCGGAUGGAUCGAAUAUUUGUUGUGAAUGUAACGGUAAAUCUUUGAUUCCUCUUCUCCAAAGUCAUAUAAAGAUAGUAUUAUUUAAGAAAAUAAUAAUAAAAAAAGACAAUAUGAAAAUAUCUAGACGUUAGUAUUGUAGCGUUGUUGUGGGCUUCGUGGUCCAAAGCCCUGUAAAAGUGUUACCGUCUGCUUUUACUGUCUGUCUUAGUGUCUUUGACAUGACUUUGUUUGUUUACAUGUGUUUAUUGAGAAUAUGAAGAGUUACUAGCUUCUUAUUCAGUGCAGGUCCUAAGUUUCUAUUUGAACAGUUAUUCAAAGUGCCAGAUUACAGAUUAUAUAAUAAUAGAGACGUAUUAUCUAAAUCACUUCAUCGUACCACAAGUUUUUGUAUUCUGAGACAAUGUUUGACUUAUGUUUGAUCAAUUUCUCAAGAUACAGAACCAUAGGAAGAGUUUGGAAAGAGUUUCGACCAACUGUAUUGAGUGUGGACAUGAAGUUCAUAUAUAGUUUAAAUUAUUCUCAAAAAACAAGCCAAAAUAUAAUGUUAAUAAAGCGCUCUAAAAUUAUAUUUACAGGAGGCUGCCAGUGUCUUUAGUGAACAGCAAUGUUAUAUAAACAUGUCUAUACAGUCGCAUAUUAUAUGCUACCGUACUUCUAAAAUUUGACCAAAUUAAAAUUAUAAUUAUUACUAUUAUUAUCUUACUAUAAAAACAUUAUAAUCCUGUUUGCAGGAUAAAAUCUUUAAAAUGCUUCCCUCCCCCUAAUAACGUGCAAUUAUCUAAUAAUAUUCUUUAUUUCUUUACUCGGAAAUUCAGAAUUUCCAACGUAAUACUUGGAAAAGUGCAAUAGAGUGGCAUUUGGAUGGCAGACGAUCUUAGAAACUUCUAGGUAGAUGUUCACUUUUUAAGCAAACAAAGUGAAAAAAGAAAUCAAAUAGGCAUAUAAAUUUUUUCGACAAUGUCCCCUGGAAUGCAACAAUAGCACAUGCAUAUCAAGUACUGUAUUAAAACAUGAAAUUAAAUGACAAAUUUAGUCUAUAUAUGGAGUAAAACACUUUCCUACAUAAUAGCAAUAGAUUUCUUAAUUUACCGACCCAUUCAUGUACUUAUUUAGCUUUCUUAUACAAAAUUAUAGAUAUUUCAGGGUAUAUUAACAGAGCUAAAUUUAAUGUUAUAUAUAACCUCCAAAAAGAAAAUAACACAUAAGCAUAAUAAGGGUUCUGCCCUAUGAUAGUAUGUAAAUAAUCUUUUAAGAUGUUCUUGAUCAAGUACAUAUCUAUGUGAAUACAUCACUGUAUUGUAUAUAAGGCAGAGUCUAUUUGUGUGGUAAAUAAUAUUUUCUCUAUUCAACAGAUAUUUAAUCAUAAAUGGUAGAUUCUGCUUGAAUGUGUGUGUGUGUGUCAGAUGUGUUGAAUAUGAUGACUUGUGUAACUGCAAAGAUGAAGGAUCUGGCUUUAAAUCCACUUGAAGCCUCUGCAUUUUAACAUAUUAACUCAAAAUGAUUAUUAUAGCACGUUUCAGUGGUUAUGAGAGCCAUUUCUGAACCCGUGCUGGUUGUAUUUGUGCCCAAGUGAUAAACUUGACAUCCUGUGCCAAUUUGUAUUUUUGUGUGUUUGUAACUGUAUUGCCUUAGUAUUAAUUGCCAGUAUUGUCUAGUUCUCCUAAAGAGGAGCUUGUGCACUUUAGCUUAUAUGUAUGAUGAUCUGUCCAAUGGAUGUUCUUAGUUUGAUGUUUUAUGAAACUGAGCGUUGUCUGAAUGUGUCCCAGCUUGGACGUCAAUUCGAGAUGAAAGUUGCUUAUAGCUGAAAUCCUUUGUACAUUUGCUAAUGCUACGUUACUGCCUGUAUCCUGUAAUAGUCAGCCCUGCUGAAAAACACAGCUGAACCCAGCCGAAUCUGGUUUAAUAUUGGUAACAGUGCAUUUCCUAAAAGUAUCUUAGCUUGAAUAUAAUUAGUUGGUACCAACAGUUUGGCAUUUCCUGAAUUUAUAGUUCCAACAAACAUUCGCAAACAGCAACGCAAAAUUUUGUUAACAUGUGGUUAGAAAUAUAGUUUCUUGUUAUUAUGACAUAAAGACUUAUGGAGCAAAAUAAGUAUGCUAACACAUAGUACAAUCUAUAGCUAUACAAUCUAUACAUUUAUAAAUUUAAUUCUACGACUUUUCUUUUUUUUGCAUACUUGCUCUAGUACCAAGAAGGAAAGAACCAAGAACCAAAGUACUGAAGCAGUCCUCAGAUGCCAUGUGUAUUUAUUUACAGCAAUAAUUGCUUUAAUUUGUUACCUGUUUGACGUCAAUUUACAACAGUUCUAACCAAUGUGAUUCAAAAAACGAAUGCGCAACAAAGUUCCUUUCUGUUUUGGAAAACUCAUCGCUAGCUACUUUCUAGAAAGAUGCAUCGUACUAAGGUGGUUAAGCAGUGAGUAAUGUCAUUGUACAGGAAACGCACUCCUGCUCAGGCAGGAAAACCAACUUAAACCAGCUAAUCCGGCUAGUUCCAAAAAUUAACCAUGGUUUUAUUAUAGUAAAAGUGUAGUAACCAUGUUUAAUGGGAGACUGAAUUGCGUGUUGCAAACCCAUGGUUAAUUUGUGGUUACCAUCGUUUAACUGUAUUAACUGUGUUUUUUGUUUUUAUUUGUAGUAAAACCGUAGUUAAUUUUCAUAAGGGUAAAGCUGCUUUUCAGCAUGGAAGGAAUGCUAAGUUGGUAAUUUUCGAGAUAUGAGUGUUCUUUCUGUCCCUUUUCAACAAGCUGUGUCACAUAGUUUAUGUAUUUUAAAUCUCUCGUAUUCAUGACAAAUGCAUCGACAUCCUCACCGUGGUAGUCUUGGAACACCCACUGUGCCGUCUUUCCCCGCUGCUGCUACAAACCUGCUCUCUUUGCACGUGCAUGAAUGCCUUGCCUUCCGAGCUUGUGAAAUACAAUCCCAGAUAUCCACAUAUAUAUGUAUAUUUAGUGCAACCUGGUGUUAGUUUUAGUGGCGAUAUGGAUAGCUUAGCUUCAAAUAUAUAGUACACUGUUGCUAGCUUGCUCACUCUGUGUUAGCAUUAUCCGAUGUAUUUAUCUGCUAAGCAAGCAUGUUCUGCGUGGCUAGAAGUUGUAUGCUUUCGCGACUGUAUACUGUAUCUCUAUCUUUCUCUCUGUCUUUCGCUUUGGAUGUUUUCCGCAGCUUUAAUAUUAGCGUGUGUAGUUCCUUGGCAUGCCUCUAUAUAAGCAUAUUCAAAGUCUCGAUGUGUCUCUAUCGCACUCUCUUCUUCCUGUGUCUCUCUUUCUCUUGCUUUGCCCUGUAGCAGCUCUCAGACCUUUAAGAGCAGUGUAUUCCCUGCUGUUUCACGGCUACCUAUCAUGUCCAUCAGUUUGUCAUAUGAGGAACUCAUGUGCUGUCAUGAACCUGACCGAACAGGGUAACACCAUGUGACUGAGUGAAUUCAUUUGUUUUGUUUUUUCUCACUCAACAUUGCUUGAAAGUAAAGUGAUUGUCUGAGGAUCUGAUGUUCAGAAGAAAAUAACAAACAACUAGUGUGUUGGAAUUAUAUAGAGCGAGGCAGAUAAUAGACCCUCUUGAAAUGUGUUUUACUUUCAUGGGAAACGCCAAUAAAUGUUACUGCCGAACAA